AUGUCUGACAAUAGUCAAAAUUUGCAUGAUGUAUUGCAAUUUGAGGUGCUGUGGACGGCCCAUAAACGGAAAAAGAAUAAGCAAUGGCAGGAUGGGACUAUGAAAUUCCAUUCAUUCAAUCAACGCGUCGUACUAUACGACUCCGAAUAUCGGGUCAUCGCUACUUCCUUUCUCCCCAUGCGGUCUACUCUUUCGGUUGGUGAAGAAUUGGAAUUGGAUCGGUUUUUGGUAACAUUGGAGGCCUUACAGAACACCACUCAAACGGAUGUAACCCCUGUGCUUCGGCCAAGUAGUAUACAGAAGACGACGAACGUGCCUCGUUUGUCUGCUCCACCUCGACUGCAAAAGCGAAGUAGAACGGUUGUCUAUCCCGAUAGUAAAAAUGUUACGCCGUUCACAUCUCAGCACCCGGGGUUCGUGAAAGCAACUGCUGUCACUAAAACCCCAACUGAACCUUCAACCAGUUCCUCAUCAAACGGGAUCCAAUCCCAUCGACCUGCUGAAAACAAUAACCAUCCGUUCAUAUCUCCUCCCUCCUCCAGUCCGUCCUCUAGCAUUGGAAGCAUUUCAGGCUUACCGUCUAUUGCUCCUUCCUCAAAAACUCCAAAAAAACAUAAGCUGGCAGCAUGUAUACCAGUACUGCGAAGACCUAGAAAUGUAUCUAGUAACCCCUCCAGCAGUGCGACAACUACUCGAACGCCGACUCCUGUCUCAUCGCCUGCCCCCAAGGAUGUUGCUGCCGUACCGACAAAUAAAAGAAUCCGCCGUCCGCCGCAGAUUCCGACUCUUCGACGGCCUGCCGACAGGCGGGUAACAUGCAUGGAUGGAACGGUGCAUGCACCGUCGAUGAAUCUUUUCACAAAAACACUCGAAGCUAGAGCACAACUAGCUUCGAAAACGUUGCCAGAACCGGAAGCUCCAGAUAUUCCGUCUUCACCAGAGUUUCUUGACCCGAGUACUAUUGACGAAGAUGAUCAAGAGGGGAUAGAGCCCUUUCCAUCACCGUCCAUUCUUGCUCCUCCUCCUCUCCCCUUUCCAUUAGCGAAAUCGACCCCAUCACUUCCUCAGAAAUCAAGUUCUUCUUUCACAAACCCACGUCCCUUACGACCGACUCCGUUACAGAGCAAAGAGCAAAAUGCUCAAGCAGAGACAUCUUCACCAAACAUGCCAGUAAGCAAGUUACUUUCCGCGUUUAGCCCUUCUGCUCAAACAACAAAUUCCUCCGUCCCCGAACCAAAUAGUCCUUUAUCGAUUGCCACGGGUUACAAACGAUAUCGGAACCUGCAACGCCUUCCGAAUUUGGCUUCAAAGCCCUUUCACCCUCCUCGACCAACCGUUCAGCACCUCGAGUCUAUUGCCCCUUCACGUCCUACGAGUAAGACGCGGAGACCAGGUGUGCAGUUACGGACGGGAAAACUUGUUUGUAAGCACGUUGUCCUCUCGCCUCAACCAAAAACGAAAUCCAUCCUUGAUACCUUUUCCAAUCCGUUAUCUCAUAUCCGGAAGCGAUUUCAGGAUACCACCCCUAUUAUUGCUGAUUCGCCUCCAUCAUCCAUUCCUGAGUUACCUCCUCUUCCCAAAAUAAGUACCGGUACAACUAAUACUGUGAACGAGAAACCGUUAAGUACGGUUGUUAACACACGUCUCACUUCACGGAACCCACUUCGUCGAAGUAAAACGUCUUUACCUACCAGUCAUUAUUCCCUACACUCUCCACCGAUUUCCCAUCCCUACGAUCUUCCUUUCGUAAACACGCUAUCGCUUGCUAGCACAACGCGAAAAAUUCAGUUUAUAAAGACUAAAUUAAAGCGUCUCAGCAGCACUGGUGGCCUCAUUAAUGCUGAUAAUGAUGAUGAUUUUGUUUCAUAG